GGGAAAGCAAGAAAAGGGACUCCAGGUUCCAGUCCUGGGUUCCUGCACCGGAUACAACUGGGCAGAAUUGUUUGCCUUCUGUUCAAGCCCUUCCUCCCUUUGACGGUUUGCGUCCCUGGAAAAAGAAUAAUUUCCACGUAACCAUUAAAUGACUACAGAACUUAGGUCAGCGGUUGGCUUACAGGAAAAUUUUCACAAAUACGUAUUUCCACUCUUCUUUGCGGCCUAUACCAACCAUGGAUGGGAGAGAAGGAAAAAACCGGACGUGCUUGCAACGCGCAACGGCAGGACCGAGAAGACAUGUCCUCUCCGAGUCGCCGUAGAGCUAGGUGGCUGUGGCUACGGACGUCUCCCCACCCCUUUCCACGUCAGCCAAGGACUCUGGAGCUUUUACUGCUGCCUCUGUUUGGAGCCGGGGUAUACGGUCCCGCUGCCCCUCGGAGCCAGAUUUUCUGGCAUCUGCAUUCCUUAAAUCUUGUAUUGGGGGUUGAUUAUAACCAGAAACCAUGACGGCUGCUGAGAACGUGUGCUAUACUUUAAUUAACGUGCCAAUGGAUUCAGAACCACCAUCUGAAAUUAGCUUAAAAAAUGACCUAGAAAAAGGAGAUGUGAAGUCAAAGACUGAAGCUCUAAAGAAAGUAAUCAUCAUGAUUCUUAAUGGUGAAAAGCUUCCUGGACUUCUGAUGACCAUCAUUCGUUUUGUGCUGCCUCUUCAGGAUCACACCAUCAAAAAAUUACUUCUGGUAUUUUGGGAAAUUGUUCCUAAAACAACUCCAGAUGGGAGACUUUUGCAUGAAAUGAUUCUCGUAUGUGAUGCAUACAGAAAGGAUCUUCAGCAUCCUAAUGAGUUUAUUCGAGGAUCUACUCUACGUUUUCUUUGCAAACUGAAGGAAGCAGAAUUGCUAGAACCUUUAAUGCCAGCUAUCCGUGCUUGUUUGGAACAUCGACAUAGCUAUGUUAGAAGGAAUGCUGUUUUGGCCAUCUAUACUAUCUAUAGAAAUUUUGAACAUCUUAUUCCUGAUGCUCCUGAGCUGAUACAUGAUUUUCUGGUAAAUGAGAAGGAUGCAAGUUGCAAAAGGAAUGCAUUUAUGAUGCUGAUUCAUGCAGAUCAGGAUCGAGCUUUGGAUUACCUAAGUACUUGUAUUGAUCAAGUUCAAACAUUUGGAGACAUUCUACAAUUGGUUAUUGUUGAGCUAAUUUAUAAGGUCUGUCAUGCUAAUCCAUCAGAAAGGGCUCGUUUCAUUCGUUGCAUUUAUAACUUAUUACAGUCAUCUAGCCCUGCUGUAAAAUAUGAAGCUGCUGGGACAUUAGUAACACUGUCAAGUGCACCAACUGCAAUCAAGGCUGCUGCUCAGUGUUACAUUGAUUUAAUUAUUAAAGAGAGUGACAACAAUGUAAAGCUCAUAGUUCUGGAUCGAUUAGUAGAAUUAAAAGAGCAUCCUGCUCAUGAACGAGUCCUUCAGGAUCUGGUAAUGGACAUCCUAAGAGUAUUGAGCACACCAGACUUGGAAGUACGCAAGAAAACUCUGCAGUUAGCGUUGGAUCUUGUUUCUUCUAGGAAUGUUGAAGAGUUGGUUAUUGUCUUGAAGAAGGAAGUGAUUAAAACAAAUAAUGUUUCUGAGCAUGAAGACACUGACAAAUACAGACAGCUCCUUGUACGAACAUUGCAUUCCUGCUCUGUCCGAUUUCCAGAUAUGGCUGCAAAUGUUAUUCCUGUGUUAAUGGAAUUUCUCAGUGACAGUAAUGAAGCAGCAGCUGCUGAUGUCUUGGAGUUUGUUCGUGAAGCCAUUCAGCGCUUUGAUAGUUUGAGAAUGCUGAUUGUUGAGAAGAUGCUUGAAGUCUUUCAUGCUAUUAAAUCUGUCAAGAUUUAUCGAGGUGCAUUAUGGAUCCUGGGAGAAUACUGUAGUACCAAGGAAGAUAUUCAAAGUGUGAUGACGGAAGUCCGUAGGUCCCUUGGAGAGAUCCCAAUUGUGGAGUCAGAAAUAAAGAAAGAAGCUGGUGAAUUAAAGCCUGAAGAAGAAAUAACUGUGGGGCCAGUUCAAAAAUUGGUUACUGAAAUGGGUACUUAUGCAACUCAGAGUGCCCUCAGCAGUUCUAGACCCACCAAGAAAGAGGAAGACAGACCUCCCCUGAGAGGAUUCCUUCUGGAUGGAGAUUUCUUUGUUGCUGCCUCCCUUGCCACCACUCUGACCAAGAUUGCAUUGCGCUAUGUAGCUUUGGUUCCAGAGAAGAAAAAACAAAAUUCUUUUGUUGCUGAGGCUAUGUUGCUCAUGGCAACUAUCCUUCAUUUGGGAAAAUCCUCUCUUCCUAAGAAGCCAAUUACUGAUGAUGAUGUAGACAGAAUUUCCCUGUGCCUCAAGGUCUUAUCUGAAUGUUCACCUUUAAUGAACGACAUUUUUAAUAAGGAAUGCAGACAGUCCCUUUCUCAGAUGCUAUCUGCUAAACUUGAAGAAGAGAAACUAUCUCAAAAGAAAGAAUCUGAAAAGAGAAAUGUGACAGUACAGCCUGAUGACCCCAUUUCCUUCAUGCAACUAACUGCUAAGAAUGAAAUGAACUGCAAGGAAGAUCAGUUUCAGCUGAGUUUGUUGGCAGCAAUGGGUAACACACAGAGGAAAGAAGCAGCAGAUCCCCUAGCAUCUAAACUUAACAAGGUCACCCAGUUGACAGGUUUCUCAGAUCCUGUAUAUGCAGAAGCUUAUGUUCAUGUCAAUCAGUAUGAUAUCGUCCUGGAUGUACUUGUCGUGAACCAAACCAGUGAUACUUUGCAGAACUGCACAUUAGAGUUAGCUACUCUAGGGGAUCUGAAACUUGUGGAAAAGCCAUCUCCUUUGACUCUUGCUCCUCAUGAUUUUGCAAAUAUUAAAGCUAAUGUCAAGGUAGCAUCAACAGAAAAUGGAAUAAUUUUUGGCAAUAUAGUUUAUGAUGUCUCUGGAGCAGCAAGUGACAGAAAUUGUGUGGUCCUCAGCGAUAUCCACAUUGACAUCAUGGACUAUAUCCAGCCUGCAACUUGCACUGAUGCCGAAUUCCGUCAGAUGUGGGCCGAAUUUGAAUGGGAAAACAAAGUGACAGUUAACACCAAUAUGAUUGAUUUAAAUGACUACCUACAGCACAUAUUAAAGUCAACCAACAUGAAGUGCCUCACUCCAGAGAAGGCCCUUUCUGGUUACUGUGGCUUCAUGGCAGCCAAUCUUUAUGCUCGUUCCAUAUUUGGAGAAGAUGCACUUGCAAAUGUCAGCAUUGAGAAGCCAAUUCACCAGGGACCAGAUGCUGCUGUUACUGGCCACAUAAGAAUUCGUGCAAAGAGUCAGGGGAUGGCCUUAUCUCUUGGAGAUAAAAUCAACUUGUCUCAGAAGAAAACUAGUAUAUAAGAAUAAUCAAAAAGUCCUGGAAGCUUUACAGUUUAAAAUUUAGUUAUGGGCUUAUUGGACUUGAAUAUCUUUUGUACUCUUUCAUGCUUUAUGUUAUGUAGAAUCUGAGUUCAUGCUGAAUGCAUUCCAGCCAAUAAUUUAUAGCCUUCCCUUAAAUCAAGAUUGAGUUUAAAAUUAUGGUUUGUCUUUUGUCUUAACAGUUGAAUGCUGUCCUCAAAGUAUGUGUUUCUCACAUGUACCAAGACCAUUUUCAUAGUACAAUAAACAGAUUUAUUCAUAAAUUUUUUGUUAUUUUAUAAAUAAAUAAUUACAUAAUUUCA